AUGAAUGAAAUGGGGAUAAUUGAUAAUGAUAAAAAUAGUAUAAGUAAAUUAUCCAUUAGCACUGCAAACAAACGAAGCAAAAAACAAAAGAAAAAGCAAAAUAAAAACAAAAAGAGAAUGGAAUCCACUUCUGGGAAUAAAAUUGAAAAGACUAGGCAAAAUAUUGCAGAUGAGGAUUAUAACAAUGACAAAAAUGUACAACUAAAUAAUGAAAUAUGUGAAAAUUCUGAAUUUUAUAAAAAUUUUAAUGAAGAUAACGUUGAAAAUGAUGAGGAUAAUGAAGGUUGGGUGCUGAAUAAAAACGAUGAAAAGAAACUGAGAAAGGAAGAGAGGAAGAAGAUGGAAGAGGAGGAAAAGUUAAAACGGAAUAAAAAAUUGAAGGGAAAGGAUAUUGUGGAUAAAACUUCAUUUUCAUUUAAUAAUAUUAAGAAAAUGAACUAUAAAGAAUAUUAUGAUGCCGAAAUGAAGAAGAAGAAUAUUUUGAAUAAUGAAAGUAUAAUUAACAAUAAAAUAAAAAUAAAUGAGGAUUUGGAAAAAAUAGACAACUCAAAGGAAAUUAAAGAUGAAAAACUUUUUGUAAAUCCAGCAAUCAGUUUCAAGGCAAUUCUUGAUAAAAAGGAUUCGAGAAAUGAAUUGAGUGAGAUUAAUGAAUUGAAGGAGGAAAAUGAAGAAAGCAAGUGCGAAAUGGAAGAUAAAGUUAAAAAUGCUGAAAAAGAUGACAAAACUCUUGUUUCUUCAAACAAAAUCGCCAAUUCCUCAAAAUUUUCUCCUUUUACUCCAAUUAACUAUUUAGAGAAGGAUGCAUUAGAUGAAAGAUACAUGAGAUUUAUUUCAAGCAAUGAAGAUCAUAGAAAGCUUAUUCCUUCUUUGGACCUAGGAGUUAUUGUUAAUGAACUUAAUAAACGUUUUAAACAUUUUCAAAAAAUUAGAAUGAAGAAUAACUGUCAGGAUAAUAAUGUUAAUUUGACUUUUGGAGAAUUUCAAGGUACUGAUUUAAUAUCCGCAGAAAAUGUUCCCUUCUCAAAUUCAUUUAGAAUAAAUUUUACAUUAAAGCUUUUAACCCUUUAUUUUAAUUGGUGA